AUGUCACCGCAACCUGCGCAUGUAGAGUCGCAUAAGCUCUCCAAGGGGAAAGGGAAAGGCGCGAGGCGUGUUAGCAACCUGUCGGAGGAGCAACGGAACAAGAAACGGGAGAAUGACCGGAUAGCGCAGCAAAAUAUCCGGCGGCGCAACAAGGAGCUGAUCGAGAAGCUGCAGCACGAGGUGGAGUGCCUCAGAAACCUGGAGCGGGUCGAUAUGGUGAAUCAGUUGGUGCGGCGGAACCACGAACUGGAGGACAGGGUGCGGUUCUUGGAGAAGGCGCUCUCCCAACGCACAGGGCGAUCUUUCCCUCCCUCUUGUUACGAUGCGAAUGAGCUGCCCCGGUGUAGGCACGCGGGUGACUACAACGUACCGCAAAGCUUUGGGUCACCGUAUCUCGCAGGAGCAGCGAACCCGUACGACCACUGGCCGAGCAGCGUGGUGCCGGUCCCGUCCGCCGUUGUCGUGAAGUCGGUGGAGUCCAGCCCAGGCGCUUCCGGGCCCGGGGAGGAUUACACGCAUACGCCAGCCUACGUGCAUACGAGCGUGCCUCUGGCAGAGGGGCCAGCAGCUAUGGCGAGCACUAGCUCAGCGCCCAGUCUGGGCUCGGUCAAGGCAGAGUAUCGAGACGCUGACGCAGGGUCAUCGUCAAACAAUAGCUAUCCCAGCCACAGUGUGCAGCAAUCCUCGCCGGCGUAUCUACAGGAAUCGCCCUGGCCGGUUUACCCGGCAAGCAAUUACUACUCGCAGGCCACAGCCAUUUGA